UCUGGCAGGAGUUCAGCACGAUUUACACCAUACUACGGUAGUCAGGCUAUUCCACGUGGUAUGUGUCGAUGUUUCUUUUCUGCUAGAAGUUUUCUUGUUAUGACUAUACGAUAGCGCAGUAUUGUUUAUCUUCUACAUACGCUUGUGAAACUGGUAAACAGUUUAUCUUGGUUCCUCGAAGCUACAGAAUAAGUAGACAUGGCCGUAUGGGACGUCCUCGACCGUGUUGACGUAAGAGUGUUUGAGGGAACGUUUCUGCUGGCACUGUGUCUGCUACUGUUUUCGAUACCGUGCUCAUUCUGGGUAUGCAUCGUACUCCUGCUAUUCAUGUAUGCCUGUUUAGUCGUAAUACGGAAGCGAAAACGCGUCUUUUUGGAAAGUAAUGGGAAAGCGGUGUUAAUUACAGGAUGUGAUACAGGUUUUGGACAUCAUCUGGCCAAACGAUUAGACGACCAUGGUUUUGACGUGUUUGCCGGGGUACUUUCUACAUCAAGCGAAGGCGCUAACAGUCUUAGGUCAAGGAAGUCAAAACGCUUGCACGUGCUACAACUUGAUAUAACCUCACAGGAUGAAGUAGACAAAGCUGUAAAAGAUAUCGAGUCAAAAUUCGGAAACAAAGGACUAUGGGGAGUGGUGAACAACGCUGGAUUCAAUAUCUACGGUGACGUCGAGUUGGCCACCAUUGAGCAGUACAAGAAAUGCAUGGACGUCAAUCUGUACGGCAUGAUCAGAGUCACCAAAGCUUGCUUGCCCCUCAUCCGGAAGUGCAAAGGACGUGUGGUGAAUAUAUCCAGUGUCAAAGGUCGUUAUGCCUGGCCGAGUGAUUCUGUGUACCACGUCAGUAAAUACGGUGUGGAGACACUGACAGACUCGCUCCGACUGGAGAUGCGCAAGUUUGGAGUAGGCGUAUCAGUAGUUGCACCGGGUGCGUUCGAUGCCGCAACUUCUUGCAGUGGACCAAUAUCGCUAGCAAGAAUGAAGAAUGAGUUAGAGGCAUCAUGGUCUGCUGCUUCUGAAGAUGUUAGGAUGGCGUACGGAAGGGCCCAUGUUGACGCGUUGUAUGAAUGCCUCGCUACCAAGUCCUUGCCUGGAUCGGCCACUUCGCCUGACCCUAUACUGGACGCCAUAGAAGACGCCCUUAUCAACACUCACCCGAUACCUAGAUACGUGGUGGGAGGGAGUAGUAGUGGCAUUGUAGAUCCCUUAGCGGUUUUUGCUCAUGUGUACAGUUUUCUACCAGAAUGGUUUUCUGAUUUCCUGUUGGCACGCAUGACCGGAUGUGACAAACGCCAUGCAUAUGAUAAAGUGAAAAAAAAUUGAACUGCUAAUGUUCAUCUACAGAUAGUCAUUUUCACUAAACCCAACAGCGCUCUUAUCUCAAGAUAUAGUUCACAAUAAUAUUGACAGAUUAUUGAUAUGAAAAGUUUAUAAAUUAGACUCAUAGCUAGAAAGAUGGAAUGUCAUCAGUAAAAAAGGUGUGACGAUCCCUGAACGUUUGAUAAACGAGAUAUCAAUAUAAUAAUGAAAUAAGAAAUCAGUUUAUUCCAAUCUGAAGAGAUCCAGACUGAUAUUUCUAUGAAGAAACAGACCGCAAUAUUUAAGUGUAACAUUAUCUGAAUUAAAACAGGCAUGGCAU